AUGAUUCGUGUGCGGUCCUUUCAUUUCCACCUGCGAAUUCUUCCACCCACGCAGCAACCAUGUUGCGUUUCUGGAUUAUUGUCCAUCUCAUCUCCUUUUUAUCAAUCAUUCUGCAUCUUUGCAUCCUUUAUUGAUCUUCAUUUCCAGCCCCUUUCCUCCUUGUCAGACACACCUGAUCUCAGAGAAAGGGGGGUCGAGUCAACCCCUCCUUUCCCCUCAACCUGCCGCCCACUUUCGCUGUCUUUGCGGCCACAAGUUCCAUGGGUUGAGUAUCGACCCCUCCUCUCACCCCUCAUGAAGUUGACGGUCGUGACGACGUGGGCGGUCGCUCUCCGGCCCCGUAGUAGAACUAAACACCCGUGA